AUGAUACCUCCGUUCUCUAGCAAUGCCUCUCCUCCGCGCCUGGCUCCUCCAGGGAAAGUGGCGAUGGGGGAUGAAGAGGAGGGGGAGGCCGAGGAGCAACCGCAGUGCCGAAUCUGCCUCGAGAGUGACGGUCCCGACGACCUUAUUGCCCCUUGCAAAUGCAAGGGCUCGGCGCGAUUUGUGCACCGUUCGUGUCUGGACCAAUGGCGGGCCACCGAGGAGGGAUUCGCUUUCUGCCACUGCUCCACGUGCAAGACGCGCUUCCAGCUGCGCGUGUGCCCGCCGCCCGACCCGCAGUUCCGCCACCUCAAGUUCAGAUUCUUUGUUGCGCGGGAUGUUGUGUUUGUAACGCUGCUGGUGCAGCUGGUGAGUUGA